UCUGCUCCGUCACUAUGGCUGCAAGAGACGCGAGAUGGUGAGAGUUUGCUUGAAUAAAAUUAAACAAGUAUAUCCAUAAUACCUCUUAUCUGACGUUCAUUAGUCUAAUAACAGAAACGGCGUAUGUUAUUUUCAUAUUUGGAGCUAUUUGGUUCAGUAUUUUCUCUGAAACGAGGAGGAUUAACAGGAGAACCCAUCAGCUGCCUUCAUUCAGGAAACAACAUCCCUAGUUUAUAAAGUAAACAAGCGGCGCUCUUCCAAAAAUGGCGAAAAUGUACCACAAAGAGAAAAGCAUCCAGAUAAAGAGCAGCGCGUCCGCGUUCUACAACAACCUGAGCGUCCUGCGCAUCGCGCCGCGCUGUCUCACCUAUUUCACGGUGGUCCACGCCAACGUGGUGAACAUGGUCAGCGCCUCCUGGGACGGGCUGAACUAUUCCCACCGACAGCUGCAAUCUAAAGAGGGCAACGUGGCCACCAGCUCCUCACUUAUCAUGCAGGCAGCGUGGUGUGUCCUGCCCUCAAGAGAUCUUCUUGUUCUCACCUCUCAGAAGGGAAUCCAGAUGUAUGAAUCGGAUGGAUCCAUUAUGGUCUAUUGGCAUGCACUGGACACACCAGAGACCCCUACUGCGAAGGCAGUGUUUGCCCGAGGAAUUGCAGCAGUGCGGGAAAAAUAUAUUUGUGUAGGGGUCUCAUCUGGCUCAGUGCUUGUGUUUGACGUUCCCAGUAAAGGCAGUAACAUCACCCUGUCUGAGGUUUUGGAGGAACACAAAGAAGCAAUCACAGACAUGGCCUCUGAGUGCUCAGGCAAUCUGGAGUGUAUUGCUGAUUUAGUUAGUGCUGAUGACUCUGGCCUCAUCUGUGUGUGGAAAUCAGGAGAAGAUUUUCAACUGCUCAACAAGAUCCCUGGUUUUGACACGAGUUGUUCUUCAGUAAAACUCUGGAAGGGCACAGUCAUUGCAGGCUAUGGGACGGGACAGAUCCGUCUGUAUGAGGGGGUCACAGGUAUACUGCAUGCAGAGGUCACUGCCCAUGCACGAUGGAUCUACUCGCUGGACAUCGCACCGGUCACUGGACUGCUGAUCUCUGCAGCAGAAGACUCCUGGGUUAGAGUGUGGCAUCUGAGCUUGACUCCAGAGACUAAUAGUGUAGAGAUUGAGCACAUGUACAAUGAGUGUGUGACUGAUACACAGAUCUGUGGAGCCAAGUUCUGUGACGGGGAUGGCUACGCCUUUGCAGUGACUGGCUAUGACUUGAGUGAGAUCAUCCGCUACACGCAAGCCUAGUCAGGAAUACAGCAUGCACUUCUAAGACAGUCCCAUUUGGUCAUAUGAGGAUCGCCUGCAGAAGGAAGGUCAUGUCUUGACAAUAUAUUGGUGAAUAUAUUGGUGUGCAGUCAUGAUAGGCAGGGUCAGGCUGGAGUGAAUGUUCUUCUAACUUCUUAGGCACUACAUGACUACACUACAUGCCUAAAAAGCCACACUUGAAUCAGGUGACUGUGUUUAGUACGGUAUGUCUACAUGAUUGGCAGUUGUGCCAGGUACAAAUUACUCUUUUUGUGCUCUGAUAUUAAGGGAAAAUACAUAACAUUGGUUAAACAGAACAUGUUGAUCUGGAAACAAAGCAUUAAUAUGAUAAAAUGUUAGAAGGGGUUGUUCUGUUAGUGUUUUGCUUCUCACAAAAUUUGUUUAGUAAAUGUAUUUACUAAAGUGUUACUGAGCAAUUUCAUUACCUCAUUGAACAAUUUUGGGUGUGCAAUUAAUUCAGAUGGUAUGUAAUCAUAUUUGUGGUUCAGAAAACAAAACAUAUCAAAAUUGUUUGUAAAGUAUUUAUUCAUUAUGAAUAUUAUGAAUAUUAAAUAGUGCAGAGGCUAUUUUUUCCAAGUGGAAUUAUAAU